UGAAAGACAGAGAAGGUAGGGGCCAGUGAAAGGCCCCCGCCACAAAGCCUGAUCUUUGGGACCCACAUGGAAGGCGAGAAGCAACUCCUGCAAGGUAUCCUCUGACUGUGACAUACCCGCUCACAUGUGUACAUGUAUACACAUACACAGGAGAAAUGUUCGAAGACUGAAAGAAGCCAUGUAUGUGGUACACGCCUGUAAUCCUGCCCUCCCGAGGCAGAGACAGGAAGAUGGAGAAUUCAAGGCCGGCUUGUGCUUGGGUUAGGCAGUGAGACUUUGUCUAGGAAACCAAUAAGCUAUUGGGGGGAAAGGGCAGCUGCUGCCAGUGAGGUUCCCUGCCAGGAGCACAUCAAACAAAGUGACCAAUGGCCAGGAUGAAGGUUGGUCCAGGGAGAAGGUACUGCCUGGAACGUAGAAGAUGGGGUGAUAGGCCAGUUCCACCGCACACAGGGCCACCAUAAGGGAGACAAGGGGAAAUGACUGCUUCCAUUUUAUUCCCAGCCAAGGGACAGGGCAGGAGUGUGACAUCAUCGCCAGCAGGUUUCCUCAAGGGCACUAGAAUGUAGGGCUCCACAUACUGUGCCCACUUCUACAGAAGUGACCCCUCCCUUCACACCGGCACAGUCCUAUAUCCCUCCCCCCUCUGUCCUCCCACAUUCCUGCCCUUCUCACUUAUUUCCUCUCCUGCCUACCCCCAACACACCCUUUUCAUCACCUCUGGCCCUGCAGCCUCCUUACCCAGCAGCAGGGCCACAUGAUGGUGGUAAAAAUAGCUCCUUGUAACAGUGUGUGACUGGAGGGGCAGAGGCAGGAGACAAGGCCGGCCCCCCAGUGCUAGGGAAGGGCCCUUGGGAGGUGUGGGUGCCUGAUCCUCUCCCUGCUUGGUCACACACUGGGCCACCUCAGUCUCAGGCUCCAUCACCCAAAGCAUACACCUGGAGCCAGCAGCAGCAAAGCAGUGUGACACGGCUCUCAGAGGUGUGGCCCCCAGUGGCCCCAGGAGGUGGAAGUUUCUCUGAGUUUCUAUGUCUGAGCCACCAUGGCGUGUGCGGGGCCAGCCGGUGGGCGACAACGGGUGAGCAUGCAGGAGCACAUGGCCAUCGAUGUGAGCCCUGGCCCCAUACGGCCCAUCCGCCUCAUUUCCGACUACUUCCCACACUUCUAUCCCUUCCUGGAGCCAGUGCUGCGCGCCCCAGACCCACGGGCAGUCUUGGCCCCUGCCGUCUGCUCUGUACCCCAGCUGCAGCCCGACUCAGAGCCAGAAGCAGACUCAGAUGACAGCACUGUCCUAGGCACCCUGGAGUUCACGCUUCUCUUUGAUGCGGACAACAGUGCCCUGCACUGCACAGCACAUUGUGCAAAGGGCCUCAAGCCACCAGCCUCAGGCUCUGUGGACACCUACGUCAAAGCCAAUUUGCUGCCAGGGGCCAGCAAGGUGAGGGCCAGCCAGCUUCGGACACGCACUGUUCGAGGCACGAGGGCCCCGGUCUGGGAGGAGACACUCACCUAUCAUGGCUUUACUUGUGAGGAUGCUGGAAGGAAGACCCUGAGGCUAUGCGUGUGUGAGGACUCACGGCUGAGGCGCCGGCGGCAUGCACCACCCUUGGGGGAGCUACGAGUGCCCCUGAGGAAGCUGGUGCCAAACCGAGCCAGGAGCUUUGACAUCUGUCUGGAGAAGCGGAGGCUGACCAAGAGGCCCAAGAUCUUGGACACAGCCCGUGGCAUGUCUCUGUAUGAGGAGUCCCGCAGACCUAGAGCCCGUGUACAAUUGUGCCCCAACACACUGUACUGGCAGAGCACUCCUUCCAUACUGAGCACCGCCAAUGAUUGGAAAGUUUGGAUCUCUGCCAUCAAUUCUACCCCAAAGGUGGGAAAGAAGGCAUGCUUUCCCAGGCCAUCAUCCCGGCUGUGGGGGCUCCAGUGUCUAAGAAUGUGGCAAAUGGUCUUCCAGGCAGUGGGAGUGGAGGUGGGGUUAAAAGGAGGAGGUGGAGGUAGAGGCCUCUGGAGAGGAACGUGGGCGCAUCCUACUGUCCCUGUGCUACAGCUCCGAGCGCGGUGGCCUGCUGGGCCUAGCCAGCCCAUCUCUCCCUCCAGUUUCCUGCAUCCAAGCUCUGGGAAGAAAUCCAAAUAUAAGACCAGUGUUCGGAGGAAGACCCUGAACCCCGAGUUCAAUGAGGAAUUCUUCUACGCUGGUCAUCGGGAGGAGCUGGCCCAGAAGGCAUUGCUAGUGUCUGUGUGGGACUACGACCUGGGCACAGCCGAUGAUUUCAUCGGUGGGGUGCAGCUGAGCGGCAGAGCCAACGGGGAAUGCCUGCGCCACUGGCGUGAGUGCCUGGGCCGCUGUGACCGCCGGCUGGAAGUGUGGCACCUGCUGGACAGUGUGCCCCCAACUGGUGACUAGCCAGCGCGGGACCCUGCCUGCAACCUGUUCAGGGCCAAGAUGUCCGCUGCAUCCGGAGAGAGCUCUGGGUUGGCCCCAUCUGCUAUGCGCAUUCUUGUGUCCUUUUAGCCACGCCACCCCCAAAACACAAAGCAAAAUAAACACCUGCUUCUGCCA